AUAGAACAGAGCGUUACUACUUAUUAUUUUACGGUUUUAUCUUUUGUCGUCACAUUUAUUUAGUUAUUCAAAGUAAUAUACUGAAAGAGAACACCAUGGAACCUGGAUUUAUGAAAGGAAAUAGCAAUAACUUGCCCAGAAUUGACGUCGUUAUGCUUGGCAAGUUUUUCGCAUCAAACAGCGACUUUUGCUCAUCGGAAUUCCGCAAUGUUAAAACUUCGAUAUCCUCGCGAGAUUCCUACGGAGAUGAUGCUGUCAGCUUUGUACAAGUUAAACGAGAGGGUAAACUGUGUACUGUGAAGUGUAAAAUAUGCCCAGAGCAUAAAGUUCAUGCUAAGUUAUAUAAAUGCACACUAAUUUUAGAUGAAGAAGAAAACAUUAUCUCUAUGAGGUGCGAAGACUGUGUAGCUUCACAGGGGGGAUGUAAACAUGCAAUUGCAUUCCUUAUGUGGGUCCAUCGUAGAAGUGAGGAACCCUCCUGCACUUCUGUUGAGUGUUACUGGAAAAAAUCUAAAUUGUCCAGGGUCGGUAGCAGCCUUAAAUAUAUAACUGCCAAAGAACUAACAAAGAGCAAUCCUGUAUUACCAGGGAAUUCAUCUGUCCUAAAGAAGUUUUUACAAGAGGCUAAGAAAAGAAAGGUUGUAGAUUGUGAACUUUUAAAAUAUCAACCCACAUAUUGUCUAACUGAAAUAGAAGCUGUCUCAAUGCAUAAACUUGUAUGUAAUCUUAAAGAAAAACAUGGGGAAGAUUUUUUGGGGAAAAUACAAAUAGCUGAGUCUGUAAUACAGAAAGUAGAAGAAUUAACUAGAGAACAAUCAAAUAGUGCUCUUUGGUUUGAAUUAAGGUACGGUCGAAUAACAGCUUCUAGAGCUUUCGAAGUAAGCAGAUGCAAAACAAGUGAUGGCACACUUAUAGCUCUCAUACUUGGUGGCAAAAUUCCCGACACUCAAUCUAUGAAGCGUGGCCGCACCUUAGAAGACGAUGUGAGAAAAACUGUAGAGGGACAAUUAAGGAAAACAAUCAAUAAAUGUGGUCUCUUAUUAAGCUCCAGAUAUCCUAUGAUUGCGGGGUCCCCAGAUGGAAUUUUUGAAGACGGUAUAAUAGAAAUCAAAUGUCCUCUUAAUGAAAAGACCUACAAGAAUUUUGUAAAGAAUGGAGAGCCUACUGGAAAAUAUUAUGCCCAAAUGCAACUACAAAUGUUUUUAUCACAAAAGAAAAGCUGUUAUUAUUGUGUAGCUGACCCAGACUAUCAUAAAAAUAAAAAAGUAGAUAUAAUAAAUGUAUCAUUAAACCUUGUAUAUGUUGAAGAUUUAAUUCACAAUAAGUUAUUAAACUUUUGGAAAACAAAUAUAUACCCUUUAUUAUAUCAAAGUGUACAGUAAGUGUACUUAUGUAUAAAUGGGUGUGUAUUUAAAUAAAAAACCUUUUUUGAAAUUAAA